UAGUCUCAGCACUUAGAAUAAAGACUGUUUAGGGAGAUAAACUAUAAACGUUUUAAAAGUACUAAAACAAUGCUUACCGAGUAGGGUUCAAGACACAAAUGAGCACAGUAGUAUCACUGAAGGAAUUAACUAUUAUAACAUUUAUUGAGCACUACAUAUACAUUUUUGAAUUAUCACAAUCCUGGGACAAUGAGGAAACUGAGGCUUAGAGAACAUAAGUAAUUCUCCCCACCGCAUAUAGUACAUAAAUAGAUCAGAAUUUGGAUAGCUCUGUCUCUAAAGCCCAUGCUUAUUCCUCACAAUGUAAAUCAUAGAGAGAGCGCUCAGUGGAUCAAUGAGAACAAAUUUAUCUAUACGUUUGUAAAGAAAAGAUAGUUUAAAUCGUGGGCUUUGGGGGGGGGAAUAUUUUCAAAAUGCUCUUUCCUUGACACAGCACUUACAACUUUAGCAAACUUUAAAAAUGAUUAAUUUCACCGAAUUGGAUUUAUACAACCUUUUAGAGACAUAACUGGCGAAAGCCAGGAAAAAUCGCUUUGUGUCUUUUCUUUUACCAAUAUCAUUUCAUCUGCAGGAGUCACGAAAAGAAAAGUUAACUUUCAAAGAACAAGUUUCUCUUCCAAAAGUAAGCGUCAGUCCGCUGAAAGGUAGCCUGGAACAAAUUUCAGCAAAGUAGUGGGACAAAUGGCUGCGAGCUGCUCUCCAUUAUUGAGCAGUAGAAACCGAGAAGGAUGGAAUGUUUCAGAAGAAAGGAAGGGCGGGAGGCAUUCAAAGGAUGCAUAGAAGAUACAAUUGAGAAGGAGUCAGAUUAGGGAGGGACAGUGCACCAGAGAAUGAAUAGAGCGGGGAGCGUGAAGGAUGGAGGGGGAAACCGAGGCGGGGCGUGCGUAAGGAAAGCGCGGAGGGGAGCCCCGCCACUCGCGUCCCGGCCGCCGAGCCCCGGCGCGGUGAGGUCACAGGCCUUUAUGAGGUGGGGCGGAGGGGCGCGGCCGCAGCGCUUCCCAGGCGGCGCAGAGGCGGCGGCGAGCUCGGCCGCUCCCCACGGGACCGGAGCUCCUGCGCCGUGACAGCACCGGCGGCCCGGCUCUCGCGCUGGCCCGGCGCGGGCUGCUCGAUGGGCGGAGCGUCGGGCUGGGUCAGGAAAUCCUUUUGUGCUGUUGCUCAUUUACACUUGUUCAUCAAGGCCUUUAAGUCCUCCAGGGCAGAAUUUACCUCUAAACAGAAAGAUGGAAACUAAAGUACAUUUAUUCUACCAGGCAGAAGAAAAUACUAAUUUAUCAGAAGAUGACUGUAAUUCUUUUGCAACCCACUUGCCAUCGAUAUAUAUUGAUAGCAAGAAAUACAUCAAGUUUUCUAAAAGAACAGAGAAAAGGAUUUCGCCUGAAAUUAGAGGUUUGAGCCUAGAACACAGAAAAACGUAUGAAACAUCAGUAUGCCUAUGUGGAGAAGAAAAAUCCUCUGAUUUUUCAAGAGAGAAAAAAGUCAGGAGAAAGAAAAGUUUACAAGCACAAUUGCAUACUGAAAGAACUGAGAUUGCCUCUUCCUCUGCGAAGCUGUCAAAGGAGAAGAUGACUAGGAAAGAAAACUCUUUAUGCAAGUUGCCGAAUCAGUACAGCAUUCACAAGACUUUAUUGCCCCUUUGUACAUCUUCCUCAAUUAUUCGGAAAAAGGAAAGGCUUUCUAACCUCUACGAUACAUUAUAUGAUGAAGUACCUCAUGGACACUUACACUCACAACAAUUAAGUGCGCUUCAGAAAGCCUGUAAAAUUUUUAGUAAAAUUAGAAGUGGAAAGAUUUAUGUGAAUGAUCUGCCAAUGAUCCAUUGCAUCUUGAAGAUUUCUAUAAGUGAUUCAGAAAUGCGAAAGGCACUAAAGACUGUUGAUAUUGAUGUUAAUGGAAUGCUGGAUUUUUCAGAUUUCCUUAAGGCUGUGAAUGAUGUUUGUUAUUUGGUCUCUCAGGAUCCAGCAUUCAAGGGUGCUUUGAAGAUUUUCUGUGGGAUAAAAGGUGGUCGAGUUGCGGUUGAUGAAGUGGCUGCUGUUUUGGAUAGCAUGGAUAUCCCUGUAACCCCUGAAACUUUGCAGGAAGUGAUGAAACAUGCUAAUAUUGACAAUAACCACAUGGUGAAUAUUGGAGAUAUUAUAUUUACUUUGGGUGAACUACAGCAACAGUAUGAGGAUGUUUCAAUUAUGGAAGGAUCAGCCUUGGAUGAAACUACUUCAAAGAGAAAGUUAUCAAAUGUGUCAGGAUGCUAUCUACAGUAUAGGAAGAAAAACAUUUUCUCUUCUAGACAACCUGAACCAUCAUUAUCCCAAAAGAUAAUUAGGAAAGGCCCCCAAGAUUGUAAAAUUAUGGAAGAGAAUGAUGACUUUGAAUUUAAAAGAUCAAAAAAUACUUUGCAAAUGAGAAAAUUCCUGGAUGACGUUGACAGCAGUGAUGUAGGAUUCCAGGAACCAUAUUCAAAGGAUGGCGUAAACUUUGACAGAAGUUCAGAGAAGAUGGAAAUUCAUGAUUCAAAGUCUAAACCACAAAACUUGAAGAGUAUUACAAGCCUCAAAAAGUCUCUGGAUAAAAGUGAUAUAUUUAGUACCCCAAAACUUCAGAAGCCAGCUGUGAGAAGGCAUUCCAGCCUUCUAAAACAGAUUUCAUCUAAGGAAAAAAUUGUAAUUAAUGCUCUGGAAAAUGUCAGUGAAGCUAUCAGUAAACUCCAAGAAAAUUACCUUGCUGCAGAACUUCAGUCCAUUUUGCCUUCAAUAGGAAUUACUUUAUCAGAUAAAGAGUUCAAGAAGAUUGUGACAGAUACUACUAGAAACGAAAAUGGAAUGGUGAAGUUAGAUGACUUUAUGAGUGCUCUCUCCAAGGAGCAAAGUCUUCCUGGAUAUGAUGAAAAUAAAAACGUGAAUUUUAAAGAAUUCAUUGAUACUAUGAUGAGCAACACGGAACGCUUCUCUGAAAAAUUAUUAUUACCUCGUACUGUUGAAAACCUCCACAAUCUCAGCAAAGAGAAGAUGACUGUUUCUGACCUGUGGAAAACGCUGUCUGGUUUGAAUAGUAAUUUAAAAAAAGAUGAAUCCCUAGCCGUACUAGAAUUAGGAACAGUUGGUGAAGACAACAUGGUGAAUGUUAAAGACUGUAUAAAGGCUUUGAGGGACACCCAGAAAUUUUCCAAUUUUAUUGCAUUGAAAGAGACCAUCGAUACAUUGGACUGCGUGACAGAAAGUAAUCAGUCUGCUAAGGACAAAUAUUCAGAUGUACUUGAAAACACUGAUAGAACUUAUUUCACUGAUGAUAGUCUUCAAGAAGUGCUGAAUGAUUUCUUUCUUGAGGAUUUAAGGAAAAAGACUUUGUCUUCGAAUCUGAAAUUACCAAAGGCAGACGCGAUUAAAGAAGCUGCUCAUAUCUUAUCACAUGUUGAUAAUGGCAAGAUUGGUAUACCUAACUUGGAGCGUGCCCUGAAAAAUUUGAAUGUUAAUUUAACUGAGGAGGACUUCAAUGAAGCCCUUAAAAGUUGUGACAUGAGUGAUAGUAAGGAGGUGGAUUUAAAAGAUUUCUUAAAGGGAAUUAGAGAAAGUCCGCAUUUCAAAGAGUCUGUAGCUACACAGCUACUCUUAGCUACUACCCAAAUUCUCCAGAAUGAUCUAAUUGAUGUUUCUGACCUCAAGGCAUUGUUGAUGAAUGAUGAUCUUCAUGCGGCUAAUGCUUUACUUGAUGCAGUAUCAAGACAUCUACCUGAACAUGAAAAUGGCAAGAUUGCCAUUCAAGAAUUUAUGAUUAAGUUCUCCAAUACAUUGACAAAUCCUGAAGCCACAGGAGAUAAAGAUCAAUUUUGCAACAUUAACAUUAACAAAAAUGAACUUACAGCCAUUUCUGAUCUUCAACAAAAUUUAAAUGCCAUAGGAAUCAAUCUAACAGAUGACAAAAUAAAGACAACUUUGGAUAAUACUAAUCCUAAUGAUGAUGUGGUGAAUUUUAAGGAUUUUCUCAGAGAAUUGACCAACACUGAUGAAUUUAUUGGGUGUCAAAGAAUAGAAGAUGCAUGGAACAUUGUUAAUGGUGUCUGUGAUGGAAAAGUUGAAGUGAAAGACCUUUUAUCUACUUUGGAGAGCCUGGGGAAACCUUUAAAUGAAAAUCAACUUAAGGUGUUAAUGAACUCUCCAACAGAAACUAGUGAAGUAAGUCUCAAACAAAUUUUGGAGACUUUGAACACAAGUAAGCCAGCUCCUGAAUUUGAAGAUGCACGUGCUGCCCUCAAUACUGUCCACGUGACGAGCUGCAGCAGAAUUCAGGUGAAUGACUUGAAAGAUGCUUUUGAUGACCUCAGUGUUUGUUUAAAGCCUGAAGAACACCAGAUGUUGGAAAAAACACUUGAUGUUGAUGAGAAGGGAAAUGUUUCCCUAAAGACUGCCCUUUUAGCGCUGAAGAGCAAUAAGCGUUUUCAAGAUUUUAGAGAGGUUAGUGAACUUGCAAAGGCCUUAGACAAAGUCACCCAUGAAAAAAUUGAUGUUGAUGAUGUAAAAGCUGUAUUGCAAGGCCUGGGGAUUUAUUUUCCAGAGGAAGAAUUACAGGAGGUGCUCACAUCCGUUUCUGUUGAUGAUGAAGGGAAAGUGGACUUAAAAGAUUGCCUGACUAGGUUGAUGCAAACGCCAUAUUUUACAAAAGGUUCAAAAAUAGACAACCUCUUGAAAGUUCUGGUCUCCAUUAGGAAAAAUGUGGCCAAUCCUGAUGACCUAGGCUCCAUGAUGAAAAGUAUAGGAGUUCCAUUACCACAAGAUGUGAUUGAAAGAGCAUUGAAGAAUGUGGCUCUCACAGAGGAUGGGACAGUAAAUUUAGAAGAGUUUAUGGGCAAUUUGGUCAAUUCAGAAUUUUCAUCUCUACUUGAAAGAAAUAGGAUUGAUGACAGCAAUCUAGACACCUUCCUAGGAAACAUGAGGAUGGAGAUGUCAGUUGAUAAAACAGUGAACAAGAAUGAGAUAAAAGAUAGGAGAUCAUCUAUGGGAAGGAAGAUUGAUUUCAGUAAUGUGGAUGCUGUUCUGAAAAACAUGGAUAUAAAACUUACAGAAGAUGAACAACAGGAACUACUAGAACACCUUUCAGCUACUACUGAUGAAGAUAUGGAUAUGAAAACAUUGAUAGGAAUUGUGAAGAUGCUUAAAGCUGAUAGGCAAGUUGAACUUAAUAAACUAGUGAAUGAAGCUAAAGCUGUUACAGGGUUGCAAGUUGAUGUUCACAACCUUGACACUAUUCUUGGAAACAUGGCAAUCAAACUUACAGCUGAGGAUGUUAAUGAUCUAACCCUAAAUCUACCAGUUGAUGCUCCAUAAUAAUCUUGAAAAAUAACAGCCUGUGUUUGCAGUGAAAACGAGUACCCUGGCAGCCACUGGAGGGAACAAAGAGGAACUGGAGCUCUUUCAAAGCCUUAUUCCCUGAGAAUUGUCAUUAUUUCGUCUGUUUGGUGGUGGUUCUUUGGAAAACCCCACUUACAAAGCUCUCUGUAUUUCACCUGAUUUGGAGCUGUCACAAUACUAAAAAGCCUUUCCCUGGGGUCAUUUGUCAAAAACAAUAAGAGGCAAUUCUUUAACAUCACAGCUGCCUGAGGUGGUAGAUAAUGACUAGAGCAAACAACACACCAACCGCAAAGCCCAAAAGCUUGAGAAUGAGAUGUGUAUACAGACUUUGUAAAGCUCUGACAUAGUCCUCAGAAUCUAGAAGGCCAUAUGCAGGCCUAGGGCUUUAUGCAUGUCAAGAAAGACCCAAGAAAGUCACGUACUCUUACCUCUGGCUGACUUUAAGGGUCUUUGCAAGCAGAAAGUGAAAGCUAAGGCAGAGUUGUCAAUCAUCGGUGAAUGUUGAAGGCGUCCCCAAACAUGCACACAGAGCUCCUGAACAAGGACUGGGAGACUUAUUGGUCCCAGGCAUUUAAGGAAAUCACUGUCUAAUUGUUAACUGACCACUAGGAUAACUGGGCACAUACAGCAAAGAAUACAGACUUCAAAGAAUUAGUUUUAAAAAGUCACUAAACAAUUAACCAACAAGAACUACAACAAACCCUGGGGAUGGAGGAAACCUAAAUUCCAGAAAUGCCACAUUAUUUAAAAUGUCCAGUUUGUAACAAAAAAAUUAUGAAGCCUGCAAACAAAUAAGAAAGUAGGCCCAUACACAGUUAAAAAAGCAAUCAAUAGGAACUGUCCCUGAGGAAGCACAGACCUUGGACUUACUAGACAAAGAACUUAAAUCAGCUGUUUUCAAUAUCUUUAAAGAACUAAAGAAAACCAUGUCUAAAAUAAAAGGAAGGUAUGAGAACAAUGUCUCACUAAACAGAGAAUAUCAAUUGGUACCAAGGAGCUGAAUAGGUGGCUCAUGAUUCUGUUUUGAAAUGUAAAUAUUUGUAAUUAAGUCUGCACAUAUUUUUCUAUUACCCUAGAGCACUUAACUGUUUUUCACCAAGAGCUUUUCAGGUUGCCCCUAACUUUUAUACAAUCUUUUCUUGUUCCCCAAAGUGUAUUUUUUUGCUGAAUUGAGGAAUGUAGCAUAAUACAAAUGGAAAUGUUACCUUUUAUUUUCUUACAGAGAGAUUUAAACAGGAAUUUUCAAAAAUCUAAUAACAUUGCUGGUAAGAUAAGUUGUAAGUGAAUUGAGCAUCAACAUUUCCUUUAUAUAUAUUCCUAUCUCCUGAAAUAUUCAUGAAAAUAAGAUGAGCAGAAACUGACUCCUUCUGUUUUGCCAAAAUUUUUCUUGUGCUGAGAUUGCCAGUCAUGGUUAAAUGCACAGUGUUUUUAUAGAAGAAGUGAUUUUUAGUAUAAAAAAAGUAUCAAAAAUGUUUAAUGUCCUACCAUGUUUUCUUUGAAGCCCAUUUUUGGCUGCUUAGUCAGCAUGGAGUAGACACAAUAAUUGUUUAAUAUUUCUUUUUGUGAAAUUUCCUGUACAGCCUUUGGUAGGAUUAUUACAGGUUAAUGUGAGUUGAGGAAGACAAUCUUUCUUGACUAAUACUGCAUACCUUUUAUUAUAUUACAAACCUAAGUGUUUUAUAUCCUUCAGUUAAGCAACUAAGUGCUCUAGAAUUAUAGUAUUACAUGCCAUAAAAAUUAUCCU